AUGACUAAGCGAUCGCGCGAUCGUGGCCGGGGAGAGACUUGCCUGUCGAGGCUGUUUAGCAUAGAUAGGCCCAGAGACACAGAUACAGAUACAGGCUCAGACAGAUGGAAGUGGAAAUGGAAGGAAAAUUCAAAUCACAAACUCGGUAUUUAUUUGCGAAGCGUAAAUGAUUACCACUUAAAAUGUGCUCGACUGCCACCUAAAAACCAAUUGUUGGAAAAAGCACAACACAGAACGAACCGGGCGGCCAAAUACAGAUACAGCAGAAAGAACUACGAGAUCCAUGUAUAG